GGUUGUGUUUGGAACAUUAUUGAGCUCAAACUAUCGUAUUUUCUACUCUCUAUUUACAUUCACCACAUGGCAUUGGGCCGAAGUCAUCAAGUUGCAUCUCUCUCCACGUGUGUCUCUGGGAUUACAAAACAGUAUCAGUGGAGACCCACAGCCUCUACUUAGUUCCCAGAGCACAGUUUUCUGCCUCUCUCCUUCAGACGCUUCCCUGUUUCUCCACCAACGAAUCGUCCUCCUCAGAAUAGAAAUGAGUGGGCGGCCAGUGAUCUAUUUCACAAAACAACCGGCAAAUUCCAAACAGAAGAGGAGAAAGCCUCCUGACCAACCUGAAAGCAAAGGAAGGAACAAAAAGCAGUUGACCUAUGUGGAGGUGAAAUGUACCUCUCCUCAGCAGCAGGAAAGACAAAACACCAACAAGAGUAAAGAUUCUCCUGCUCCAUGGCGACUUGUUGCACUGAGCCUGGGAGUCCUCUGCCUCGGUCUGCUGGUCGCUGUCGGCAUCUUGGGCCUAAAUGUAUUUAGGGGGCUUACAAUAUCCAGUGGUCAACAAGGCUGCCCGGGAAAUACUACCACAACUCAGGAAACAGGGCAGAAAAUUAAUUCCUCAGGGACUUGUCAGCUGUCUUGCAACCAAGAUCACGGAUGCCAACCAUGUUCAGUUGGCUGGUACCAAUAUGGACAGAAAUGUUACAGAAUAUAUUGUAAGUUGAGCAGUUGGGAAGAAUGCCAAAACUACUGUGUUUCUCUGAACUCCAGCCUUUCAACUUUAAAGACUAAGGAGGAACUGGAGUUUGUGAUUCAAUUAACAAGGCGUCAGUGUCUCCAGAAUGACCCGAAAUAUUGGAUCGGUUUGAAGUAUGUUAAUUGGAAGUGGAUUUGGCCAGAUAAGUCAGAGAUAUCCAGUGACAUGUCCCAACAGUUUCAAUUCACACACCAGAAAAAUGAUGAUAAAAGCUGUGGAACUCUCCAAAAAAGGCAACUUCAGCCUGAAACAUGCAGUGCCCACGGACAGUGUCUAUGUCAAAAUGGAAUGUGAAUGGAUCAAGGUGCUUUGCUCUCUAGAAAAGAGGAUUCAGCAGCAGAAGGCUGGCAUAGGAGGGGGGCAUCUCAACCUACUUGACUCUUUUGGUGGAAGGAUGGAAGAAAUCAUGGAAACAUCCAACCAUGUCUCUCUGACCCGAACUCUCUGAGUUGCACAUCUUCAACUGGUGAUGUGGUAUACCAAUACACGAGAAAGAAGAAAUGAGUCAAAGAUACCAGAAAGGCAAAAUCCCAGUUGACAAAACAGUGGAGAGUUGAAGAAAACUGCUGAGGACCAAACUGCCUAGCAGGCACCAAUCAGACCAGGAUGACUGACUCUCACCAGAGGUUUCAAAAAAGGGUGACAAGGAAGAUCAAAGGAAACAGUAUCACUUUGGAAAAACAUGAGACAACCGAGAGAAUAUCUCUCAUCAGACGUAUUUCAUGAUCCCCAAUAAAAGUCUCAAAUAUAGGCAGCUAAAAAUCUCUUGUCAUCCUUAAUCUUUACCAUUAUCUAGUAUUACGUUGCAUGGCCGUAGCUUAUUGAAAGCAGGGAACAUACCUGCAAACUCUGCUCUACUGUAUUUUCCCAAGUGCUCAGUUCAGUGUACUACAUAUAGUAAGCACUUAAUAAAUACCAUUGAUGACGAUGAUGGUAUUGAUGAUGGUAUGUUAUAAGUGUUGAAGAUAGUAAUGAUGAUCUUGAAUAAAAUCUUGAUCAUAA